UUUUGCUUUCGCGGUACAGGUUUAAGCUUUAUGGACCUUCAUGUUCUCCGUACAUCGGUUGCACAUGGCGGCUGGCAAAUGUCCACGCUAAAAGUGAGACUAUCCUUGCAGAAAGUUAGCUACUUUAAAUUGUAACAGAUAGUCAGUUGCAGUGGGAAAUAUUUUUUUAAAAGACAGACAAACAAAUUAGAAUGGGGGCUCGGUAUUUGUUUUUUGCCUUUGUAGGUUGUCGCCCCUGUUCAGUCACGCCGUGCUGCAGGAAAUUUUUUGGUUACCAUGUACUUCAUUCGCUUCAAAUACGAACUUUUGACACUAACGCAACGCGGAAUUUAACAUUGAGCAAGGUUUCAAACAUUACUAGGGGAGUUAACCUUAUCACAAACGGAUUGUCACAAAAACUGUCUUUGGGAUUAAAUUCAGCUUCUGUGUGGCGGGACUCUUUGAAAAGAUUAUGUAUGCAGGAGGAUGCGAGCAUAUUGGAGAUCGCCCGGAAACACAUCUGUCUGAGAGGCUUAAAGCCAGCUAGUACCAUUUCGCAGAUGCAGAAAAGAUGCUUUUACGUUUCCGUGAACGCAAACGCAGCGUUUCCACGGUGGUACUCCACCUCUACUGCAGUAGCGAGAGACGUGGUUCUGUUCGAGCACGACAGAACCGGUUUUUUUCGCCUGCUGACAGCGUUUUGUGCAUGUCAGGUGCUUUUCUGGACGUACUUGGCUCACUUCGCUUUUACCAGUCUGCGAAAGACCAAGACUGGCAACAAAAAAGCCACCAAGGACGUGGAACCAGGGGGCGAGGAAGGACUUCCGGUUUUCGGCGUGUCCUUAGGUACUAAUACUUGGAGGUUCGGAUUCACCCUCGGCUGUCUUGCUCUGGGAGGAGCCAUAGUUGGACUUGGAGUGCUGUUCAGUCGUCGAUCUGUCAGCCGAGUGGUUUUGCAUAAGGGUGGGGGUACAGUUACUGUGAAAACACAGUCACCGUUUGGGGUUGACAUGGCCCGAUGCAUUACAGUACCUCUGUCUCAUGUGACCUGUCAUGCACAUAGGAUGGAGUCUCCUUCUUUCAUCCCCCUUCGGGUCAAAGGUCACAGAUUCUAUUUCCUUUUGGACAAGGAUGGAAAGUUGAACAACACCAAACUGUUUGACAUCACUGUGGGGGCAUAUAGGCCACUCUGAGGCGCGUGGAAACCCCUUAGCAUGUGGAAUUAUAUUUUAACUUCACCUACUUCAGUUUCAAAUCAGAAAACAGCAAAAACUCUGUAUGGAAUUUCAAUCCAAAAUAAAGGUUUUUGUGAUUUGAUUUGAAUUCACUUUCA